AUGAAUUAGGAGUAAUCCAGAGUAAGCUUAAAAGCUCCAUUGUUAAAUUAAAAUGAAGAAGAUACUAUUAAAUUAGUUAAUAAGUCAAGAAGAAAUAGAGCAGGUAUAAUAUCACAAUUAUUAUUUACUUGGGUUUAUGGUACCAUAGAUGUAAAUUUGAAUAUUUAUAAUAGAUUGCAUCUAAAGUAACUUUAGAGAAUGAUAUGAUUGAGGAUCUUAGAUUUUAAGAUACUAGUGAAUAAUUGUAUUAUAGAUUCUUGAAAUAAUUUGAUAAGAGGAAAAGCAAGAAAAAUGGAUUGUUAUUUUCAUUAAUUGGUGUAUCUUUAGGAUAAUGUAUGUUUGUGUUCAUAGUGAUGUUAUUUAAUGUAGGGACAUCACUAUUAAAUCCAUUAUUAAUAAAAUGGAUUAUAGAAUAUUUGAUGAAGGAAGAAAAAGAGACUUAGGAAGGGAUAAUUCUUAUUUUUAGUAUCAUAGGAAUUAGAAUAAUAUCAGUUAUCUGUUAACAACAUUCUUUUUAUUAGAUAGUAAUAAUAUCUAUAUAUUGUAGAGAUUAGUUGGAUAUGAUUGGAUGAGCAUACUAUCUAUGGCAUUAUUGGGGAAGAGUAUGAAUGUUUCAUAUCAGAGUAAUAAAGAACAUACAAGUGGAUAAAUCUUAAAUUAUAUGUAAGUGGAUACAAUGAAGUUAUAAUGGUUUGGAUGGUAUCUGUCAUAAAUUAUGUUAAUGCCAUUAUAAAUAGGCAUUUCUAUUUAUAUGAUGUUUAAAUUUAUAGGAAUAGCAUUUUUGGGUGGAUUGGGAGUAAUCAUAUUGACUGCAAUUUUUAAUAUUUAUGUAGGUAAGAUAAUAAUGGAUUAUUAAAUUAUGAUGAUGAAAAACAAAGACUUGAGAACAAAUUGUGCAAAUGAAAUCUUUUAAUAAAUCAAAUUUAUCAAGGUUAAUGCUUAUGAAGAAUAUUUUAGAUUAAAAUUAACUAAACUAAGAAACUAAGAAAUUAAAACUAUAAAAACUAGAUUCUUUGCAGCUUGUUUGACCAUAUUAUCACUUUGGUUGAGUCCUAUGUUGAUUUUAAAUGCAACCUUUUUAAUUUAUGUUGCAAUAGGAAAUGAUCUUACUCCUGCUAAUACAUUUGCUAUUAUUAGUUUAUUUUAGAGUCUUCAAGGUCCUCUUUUAUUUUUGCCUAUGGCUAUAAAUGCAUUAAUAGAAACGAAUAUUUCCUUCAAAAGAAUCUAAAGAUUUCUAUUGACAAAUGAAUUAAUGAAUGAUUGCAUAACAAAUUCUAGUUAAUUAUAAAAAAAAGGAUUGAAUGUUAAUGAUUCCACAACUUAAGUGAUGAGAACAUAAAUUGAUAAUGAUUUUGCAAUCAAAAUUGAAAAUGGAACAUUUUAUUGGUCAUCAUAUAAAGAUUAACCAUAAUAAGAAAAUAAUACUCUUACAAAUAAAAAUUAAAAAAUUGAUCCAUUAGUUGAGUCUGAACCUAUUUUAAAGAAUAUCAAUAUAAGAAUUGAAAAAGGAUAAUUUGUAUCCAUUGUAGGAGAUGUAGGUUCUGGAAAAUCAUCAUUAAUCUAAGCUAUGUUGGGUGAAAUGAUUUAUAAAGAAGAUAAACCAAGAAUCUAAAUAAAUGGAUCAUUUGCUUAUGUUAGUUAAAAAGCUUGGAUCUAAAAUGCUACUGUCAAAGAAAACAUUCUUUUUGGAUUACCCUUUGAUUAAACUAAAUAUGAUGAAGCUAUUAAAUUCUCUUGUCUAAAAGAAGAUAUCAAGAUUUUAGUCAAAAGAGAUCAAACUAUGAUUGGUGAAAAAGGUGUAAAUUUGUCAGGAGGACAAAAAGCAAGAGUCUCUUUAGCUAGAGCUAUUUAUAGCAAUUGCGAUAUUUAUUUAUUAGAUGAUCCAAUUAGUGCAGUUGAUGUACAUGUUGCCAAAUUUAUAAUUUAUGAAUGUUUGAAUGGCUAUUUAAAGGAAAAAACUAGAAUUUUGGUUACUCAUGCUCUUAAUUGUUGCUAAUAUACUGAUUAUGUUUAUUUAAUGGAAAAUGGUACCAUUGUUGAAUAAGGCACAUUUGCUGAUAUUAAAUAAAAUCAGUAAUUUAAGAAUAUCUAUUAGAAAUUUUACAAGGAUGCUAAAAAUGAUGAGGAAUCUCAAGAAUAAUUAAAUGAUGUUGAAUAAGUUCCUAUUUCAGAAUUAAUAUUAGAGAAAAAGUAAUCAUCUUAAAAAGAUACUCUUGCUAUACCUUAAAAUAAAGAUGAGAUUGAUGAACUUAUGUUAUUAGAAGAUAGGAAUAAAGGUUCUAUAUCUUUUGAAAUCUUAGCUACUUAUAUUCGAAUGACUGGAGGUGUACUUUUUGCUAUUUUCAUGAUUUUUAUGUUGCUCUUAUGGGAUGCAUGUUAUAUAGGUUCAUCAUUAUGGAUGGCUCAUUGGACUUAAUAAGCUAGUGAAGAUUUAAUCAAUGGAGAAGAUACUAAUAACUAUUUCUAUCUUACAAUAUUUUCUGUACUCUCUUUAAGUUAUGGAAUCUUGGCAUUUCUUAGAUAAUGGGUUUUUGUGAUAGUCAGUUGUAAUUAAGCAAAUAAUAUACAUAAUAAAAUGAUAAGUUGUUUAAUGUAUGCACCAUAAUGUCAAUUCUUUGAAAGAGUUCCAUUGGGUAGAAUUAUGAACAGAUUAACAAAAGAUUAAAAUGUUUUAGAUUCAGAACUUCAUUGGACAUUUAAUUGGAUGUUAGUUCAAGUAUUUCUAUUAUUGGCUAAUACUUUCUUAAAUAUCUAUACAAGUUCCCCUUGGGUUGCCAUUCCUAUGGUAAUCUACUUUUUCUUAUGUUGUAAAACUUAUAUAAUAUACAUGACUGCUAGUAGAGAACUAUUUAGAUUAGAAGCAAUCAGCAAAAGUCCGAUUUUGAGUUAUUUCUCUGAAUCAAUCAUGGGAAUCAGUACAAUAAGAGCUUUUUAGAGAUAAUCUUAAAUUAUGAAUAAGCAUGGAAAUAAUCAAGAUAUAAAUCGUAAGAUAUUCUUAGAACAAAUAGCUGCAAAUGCUUGGUUUGGAUUAAUUCUUGGUUUAUCAAGUUUUAUGGUUAAUACUACUGCUAUUGCAUUUUGUAUGUUUUAUAGUACAAAUAAUCCUGCAUUUGCUGGUUUAUUAAUGACAUAUGCAUCCACUUUGGAUUAAAAUAUUAAUGGAACAGUUUAAUGUUUAGGAUAGGUGGAGAAUGGGUUGAUAUCAUUUGAAAGAUGUGUUGCUUAUACUAAGUAUCUAAAUAAUUAUUAAUUAAUUUUAGAGUUAAACCAGAAAAAGGAUAUGAAGCUGCAGUUAAAAGAUAUCAAAAUAAUUAGAAUUAUAGAGAUCAAUAUAUACCAUAAUGGCCAAAAAAUGGAAUUAUAGAAUAUAAAAAUUAUUCAGUUUAAUAUAGGGAAGGAUUACCUUUAGCAUUAAAAAAAAUGAGUAUUAUAAUAAAUCCUAGAGAAAAGAUUGGUAUUGUAGGUAGAACAGGAGCUGGAAAAUCAACAAUUACAUUAACUAUUUUAAGAAUCUUAGAAGCAAUAAAUGGAUAAUUAUUGAUUGAUGGUCAUGAUAUAUCUACAAUUUCAUUAAGAUAACUUAGAGAAUCAAUUACUAUGAUUAUGCAAGAUCCCACAUUAUUCAGUGGUACUAUUAGAGAUAAUAUUGAUCCAUUAAAUUUAAGAACUGAUGAAGAAGUUAUGUAAGCUAUUAAUAAAUGUUGUUUGACUGAAUUAAUUGAAUCAAGAAAAGGAUUAGAAACUCAUAUCAAUGAUCAUGGAGAUAAUUUGAGUGCUGGAGAGAAAUAACUUGUUUGUAUUGCUAGAGCUGUUCUUAAGAAAAGUCCUAUUGUUUUAAUAGAUGAAGCAACUGCCAAUAUAGAUAUUGAUACAGAACAUAAGAUUCAAGAUACAAUUUAAAAUGCUUUUGCUGAUUGCACUGUUAUUACAAUUGCUCAUAGAAUUAAUACCAUACUUCAUUGUGAUAAGUAUAUAUUUAUUAUCUAUUUUUAUAAGGAUUCUUGUUCUAGAUAAAGGAGAAGUAAAGGAAUUUGGACUUACUAAAGAAUUAUUAAAUUAAACCAACUCCUUAUUCUAUGGAAUAUAUUAGGAAACUUUAAAAGAGUAAAAUCAUUGA